UUAUUUUAUUUUCUUUAAAUAUCAUCAAACAGAGCUUCAUUCAGUAAACUAGUUCAAAACAGUGAGCUCCUUCACUUGGACUCUUGUUUGGCUUUCCUAGCAACCUUCGUGUCAAUGAAUAAAGUUGUGCUACAUGUGGAACUACACGAUGGCAAAAUUAAGAAAAAAGCCAUGAAGAUAGUCUCCAAUCUUUCAGGGGUUGAAUCAGUCUCAAUGGAUAUGAAAGACCAGAAAUUGACCUUAAUUGGAGAUGUCGACCCUGUGGUUGCAGUGGAGAAGCUGAGGAAGCUGUGUGACACUCGCAUAGUCUCUGUUGGACCAGCCAAGGAAGAGAAUGAGGGAAAGAAUAAUGAAGUGGAGGCAGCAGAGAAUCAAAAUCAGAAUAACUUGGCUGAUAGUGUGAAUAUCUACGAAGCCUACCACAUACAUAAUCAGUAUCAGAUGAGGCAACAUCAUUAUUGUUGCACUAGUGUGGAAGAGAAUCCUAAUGAUGCCUGUGUCAUUUGCUAACUGCUAAGUUCAUUUUACAACAUCAUGGAACUCAAAAACAAAAUAAGAACUCUAGAAAAGUGCUUGCAUGGUUGUUCCAAGUUGUACUGGUGGAUUUCAUCCAUCUCAGCUUUCCUUUCUCCCUAGCUACCACUUAUUUUGUUAUUAUAUAUAUAUAGUCUCACUUUAUUAAUCAAUUUUAAUAUUAGAAACGUCUUUAAACUGUA